AGUACUUGACAGAUGUGAAGCUCACACGCUGAGGGUGUAAGUGUCAUUUUAAGGGAGAUCUCGUGUGGUGUUUCAGCCUUAACACUCAAAUCCAUUUUACGGCCGAGUACACAGCCACUACAGGCUGCGCGCUCGCCUGUCCUGAGAACUUGGAGCCAGCGCGGCUUUCUCCGGUACUGCGAACAAGCUGGAUUCCCGGAGCUCUUCACCAUGUCUGGCGGGUUUUAGAUACUCCAUGGAGCAAGCUAACUUAUACGAGGUCGCCCCACGGCCACUGAUGACCAGCCUUGUACAGAGUCAGCAAAACGCCUAUACCUACAAAGACACCACUGGAGACCUGAGCGAGAUCUGCGAGAACGAGAACUCCAUCGACAUCAGCGCCUACAUCGACCCUUCAGCCUUCAACGACGAGUUCCUGGCUGACUUAUUCCACAACAGCUCCAAGCAAGAAAAGUUCAAGCUGGCGAGCGGAGACUACGAGUACCCCCACGGCGCCAAUGGCACACCGGGGCCCCCGCAGAUGUACGGCUGUCUGAACGGCUACAUGGAUUCCUCCAAACUAGAGCCCAUCUACGACAGCCAUGCAAGAAUGAGACCCGUGGCCAUCAAACAAGAGCCCCGGGAGGAAGAUGAGCUCGGCCACUCGAUGCCCCCCACAUACCACCACUCUCAACACCACGCGCCGCAUUUGUCGUACCUGCAGCACCAGAUCGCGCACUGCGCGCAAACCACCAUGCAUCUCCAGCCGGGUCAUCCCACACCUCCCCCGACGCCCGUGCCCAGUCCUCAUCACCAACACAGCCACCUGCCUGGGGGCUCCAUGAAGAUGUGCGAUCGAGGGAAAUCCAAGAAACACGUCGACAAGAACAGCACCGAGUAUCGGCUGAGGAGGGAGCGCAACAACAUAGCCGUGCGCAAGAGCCGGGACAAGGCUAAAAUGCGCAAUGUGGAGACGCAACAUAAAGUGAUCGAAUUGUCGGCGGAUAACGAGAGACUGCGCAAGAGGGUAGAGCACCUCACGCGAGAACUGGAGACGUUACGGGGCAUCUUCAGGCAGCUACCCGACGGCUCAUUUGUCAAAGCCAUGGGCAGCUGCGCCUAACAAAGCGAGCUGGACUUUUGAAGUAACUUUUGCGUGAUAUUUACGUCUGCUGGAUAAACGCUGACACAUUCUCAAAGUGUUUCUAUAGGAGCCAGGCAGCUGCGGUAGCCUAUACAUGUGCCUUUUGUACAAAACAAACGAUAAGCUCAUCUCUUUACACAUUUGGACUUGACUUGUUGUAGGUGUAGUCCUGUAAAGAAUGUGUGUGUGUGUUAGCUACGCGAAACAUUAUCAGUGCAGCUAAUAUACAAACUGCCCCCCAUGCGAACCUGAACUACACUUUGUAGCAACAAAAAAAACUUUCCUGCCAUAGCAGGCUGUAUUCCCACCACACCUGUUGCUGCGUAACAUUCACUGUAUGAUAUUGUUGAUUUAAACUUUGUGCAGGGGGUGGGGUGGAGUUGUUUCAUGGACGGCAAUAGACAAAUGCCAAAGCAUAGGACUGGAACUGGUUUUUACGGUGGUAGGCUAUUUGUCAUUCAUAUCGCAGACUGUAUGCACUAUGUCGUCCACACUCAACCUUAUGAAGCACAUUGCAUUGUGAACAUUUUGCCAUGAUUUGGGUACUGAUCUGUAAAACGCCUGUCAGUAUACGCUUUUAGAGUAAACGCUCUGUAUUUAUGCAGUAUGAUUGAUAAAAAUGUGAAAGGGUGCAUAUCUCUAUGCAAUGUCUGUUGCUGUCAUGAGAAUAAUUCCGGUGGACGAUCACCGUGUGCUUUCUCACUGGUUUUGCAGUGAAGUCCUGUCUUGCUCUGUAAGCGUGUGCAUUUCAUGUGAACGGUUUUUUUUCUUUUCACUCGAGCAGAUACCGCUUUCAGUGCCUUUUGAGUUUUUCCUGUCUUCAUCGUCAUCACUGACUGAACCGUUGGACAGAAAUAUACAGCAAGGAAAAGGAAGCACUUUUUUUUUUUUUUUUUUUUUUUUUU